AUGAAUUUUAUUCGACAGGGUAAAAUAAACAAGCGAAAAAAAUCUCCUUGCGGUUUUCAAAGAGGUAAAAUACUUAAUAAAACUUAAUAAUAAUACUAAAUAUAUCUAUUAUAAAUCUUAAUCUAUAAGUCUUAAUUGAUGACCAUCGCACAAUCUUCCAAACGCCUGGGUCUAGAAACUUAACAUUUCGCACAGAGGCCCCAUUUAAUACUAAAAUUUGGGGCAAGCACCAAGGAAAUGUUUUUGAAAUUCAACCCCCAAAGGGAGGUUGACACUUGAUUUUCAGUUCUGUAUUUCGAAAUUUUAAUUUUUUCAUUUCCUAGUUAACUCGGGAACUCCUCAGGUGAAUGAAAAUUAUUACUAGGUAUUAUUAUUAUUAUUUAUGAUAAAAUUUGUACCCAUUAAUAAUCUUAAUAUGUCAAGAUGAUCCAUAAAAUUAAUGUGUUAUCUAGAUAAGUAAAGAAAUUGUAUAAUAGUGAAAUAUAAUUUUUUAUAAGCUAUUUCCUAUUAGUAAAUGUUCUAUUCUUAUUAUUCAAAUAAAAUUUAAAAAAAAUUAUCCUCUGAUAAUGGGGACAGGUUCAGCGAUCGUUAUAGGUAAUUUAAUGUAUACCUGUAAGCAACGAUAGUUCAUGAAAAAAUCCAUACGGAGUUUUAGCGGAGUUUAGUUGAUAGUGAUGCUUUGUCAACAAUAUAUAUGUUAUUAUAUUUCGGUAAAAUAAUUAAAUAUGCAUUAUAUAUUUUCAUUAAAAAUAUGUAUUUAAUGUACCGAUUUUCACAUUUUUCCUACAGUUUUUUUUUUAUGAAUUUCUCGGUUGUUCACAUUUGCUGGGAAAACACUUGGGAAUUUCAUUUCAUUUUGAUUUCAUUUUGAUAACAAAUUAAUACAGUUAAAAUUAUUGUCAUCAGGAAAACGGUAUAUCUGAGAUUAUUUCGAUGAUCCCGUGGGUUAUUCUCAUUAGCGUGUUGUAUCCUAACCUAACCUACUUACAAUACUAAUUAGACAUUAAUUUUACAUUUUUUUUAAUAUUAUUAUUAUUAUUAUUUUUUUUUUUUUUAGAACCAUUAAUCCCGAAAUCUGAUAAUAUCGUAAAUUUUCAGAAUAGAGCAAUAGCGAAGUAUGCUAGUUAAUUUUCAUAUAUCAUAUGUUAUAUAUUUCAAUCAAAUAUUGAAUAAACGUUGUAUGGUUUUGUACUUGUGUUUUAGAUUAAAUAAAAAAAUCAAAACGAAAAACGAUGACUUUGAUUUUUUUAAAAAAAAACAUGAAACUUUAGUGGACGAACACAAAAUAUUAGAAACGAAAUUCGGGGAAUUGGAAAUACAAAUAAUAGAAUUGGAGAAAAAUGUACAACGUCUAAAAUUUGAUUUAUUGGAUGAGAAACUUCAAGUUACAAAAGAAAAAGUAAACUAUAAUUAAUAAAAUAUUCAAACAUUAUUAUUAAAAAAAAAAUUAUUCUUGUUAUAUUACAAAAUAUAAACUUCGCCACAGGACCACAGAUACAAUCUUCUAUAUAUCGUGUAAAAACGUCGAAUCUCUAGAUUGUUUAUUUUCUGUUGAAAUUUGUUCACGUAAAACUCGUUUUUAGUCUCUGUGUGUACACAUGUGGCAUCCUAAUCAGUGUAUACUAAAUAGAUAUAGCUACAGAUAGUGUUGCAAAACAAGUCAAAUUUGUCAAGUUAGGCAAAACUAAGAUUCAGAAAUAUUGACACUAUACUAUAAGAACAUUAAUAAUAUUAUUAAAAUAAGAUAUUUAUUAUUUUUCAUAAUAGGCAAUAAAUACAUCCCAAACUAGACAAAUACAUAAAUUACAAAACACUGAAGCAGGGCUUCGAGAAGUAAUUAGGGAUAUGUAUACAGAGCUGGAAACUACAAAAAAAGGUAUGUUAUUUGAUCGUUUAUAAUAAUAAUUAAUUACCUAUCUGUAUUAAAAUAAUAGAAUUAUAUAUUUUUAUUUAUUUUUUUUUUAUUAUUUUAGGUACUUUGUUAAGAAGGCUAGAUGAUAAUUCGGCCAAAAGAAAAUCCGAAACACUAAAAAGAGCAAAUGAAAAACUGAAAACAAAAUUCAAUGCAGAAGCCGAACAUAUAAAACACAUUAAUAGUACACAAAUUCUGACAGAGCGAAAACUAGACAGAGCCUUAUUAAACUAUCAAAAUGUAAAAUUUUACUAUUUUAAUAUAAAUGGUUAGGAAUGCGGUAGCAAGUACUUUUUUAAAACGGUAUCACAACAAGCAUUUAGUGGGACAGUUACACAGGUCAAAUUUAUUGAUUUAACUUUCAAACUACACACAACAAAAUAACCUUCGAUUAGCCACGGUCGCUUUGUAACUACAUACCCUAUAAUACAAUGCUACAAUAAAACACAACGUUCAUAAUAAUAAAAAGUUUAACAUAUUUGCUUUCAAUACAUCAACUAAGUUUUUUAUCCCACAUCAUAAAAUACCUUCUCAACUUCCCAUUAUCAACAUUGAUCAACCAAACGCUAUAGCUUCGAACAUUUAAAAUGGAACUUUCAAUUGAUACUCAUUGCGCUAAAUAUAAUUUAAGAAUUUACACAUUCAUUCUUCACGCGAUUUAUUACAUUUUCACCGACUGAUAUUUUCAGCUGCAGAACUCGUAUAUUUUGUGUAAAUUAGAGAAGGCCACCGAAGAAAAGAAAAAUCAAGAAUUGAUAAAAGCGCUAAAACAAAAAGACAUCGAAGCGGAUAUUAUAAAAAAAGAGCACUUGAAAAUUUUAGAAGACGUCAAAAUGCAAUUGAAGAAAGUUAUCAUAGAUAAUACGCAUUUAAAGUAUACAUUAGUAUUAUUAUUAAAUUAAUAUAAAUAGCGAAACAACUAAAUGGUAAUAAUUUUUAAGAUCAAGAGAGGUAAUAUAUGAACAGAAUAGAAAAAAAUUGGCAAUAAUGGAAUCGUGUAGAAUUAAAUGUCAAAGUGAUAUGACCAAAGUAGAGAACGAAUUUAAUAGCCUGAGGAAUAGGAUGCCUGCAUUCAAAGUUCUCAACUAUCCGUAAGACACACAUUAUCUUUGUAAUACCUUAAAUGAUAUAGCAUUGUUACUAUAUUUAAUUAUUUAAAUGAAUUCAAUAUAUAUAUAUAUAUAUACACAUAUUAAUAUAAAACUAAUAACAAUAAUGUGAAAUAGACGACCAUAACGUUGUCGCUAAUCACAUAUUUGUGUUUACCACAGUAUUUAACCAUAAGUUUAAAAUUAAACAAACAUAUUUUAUAUAGUUUCCAUUAUUUAAAUUAUCUUAUUAUGUAUAUAUACGUAUAUUAUGAUACAAUUUAAAUACCUACUCAUUUUUUAAAAUAUUAGAAAUUUUCUUAUUUCUUAUUGGUUUCUCCUUUUAAUUCCUAUCUCAUCUAUUUUUAAUUAUAAUAAUUAGUCUGUAGGUCUUCUCCAUGCCUCACAGCUAUUUUCUUAUCGAAUCUAUGUGCAUUAAUAAUUUCUCUCAAACUUCUUCGAUUACGUUUUUCUCCCACUCUCUUUCGUUGGGGUUUGUGUAGUCUCUAGAAAAUACUUAAUUUAUAACACUCCCCUUUAUUUAAAUACGAAUUCCUAAAUUAUUUCUAUGUGUACUCUUUUUUUCUGAUUUUCUAGUUGUUUUUGUACCGACCUAACCUAGUCUUAACUCUUGAAGUGCCCAGAUAGUUUUCUUCGAAAUUUUGAUACAAAUCUGAAAAUGAUACCGUUGUAAUUUUCUCAAUAAACAUUAGAUGUAUCAUUAAUAUAUAUUAAUCAUUAAUUAAUGAUAAGAUAUUAUCGAAAACGCAUAGGUGCGUCAUGGGCCUGUAGAUUGUGUUUUGCUAUGACGCAUCGGUAAUGUUUCAUCAGUUACCCAAUGUUGUAAUAAAAUGGCAAUACGCUAGAAAAAUAUCUUUGCAUUAAAAAGUUUUACUAUCAUUAUAUCACCUUAUUGCAUGCGCAAUACCAUUUUUAAUUAUUAGAGAUUUAAGUGCAUUCUUUACUGACUUAUUUGUUGCUUAGCAAUAAAAAAAAAAACCUGAUGCUAAGUUGAUACAUAACACUAAGCAAUUGAUUUUUGAGUGUGUUUAGUUUUCUCUAAUUAUUUUAAAAUUGAAUUGCUUAAGAUUAACACUAUUUAUUAAUUUUUUUUGCAGCGAACAUCUGGCAUUUAUUUUCGAAAAUAUUGACGACAAAUAUCUCAAACCUCUGAAAAAAGUUAACCGAUUAUCGAAAAAAAACAAAAAAACUGUGAAAAAUCCAAUAUAA